AUGCAGAAACCUUCUACAAGUACAAAAGAUGGGGAACCAAUUCUACAAGAAAUAAGUGAAAAUGAUGAUACUUUUAGUGAAGAAGAAUGGUCGAAUGACUCAGAGGAAGAUUUUGAACAUUUAUCAAGCCGGGAAAAAAACUUAGCCUUACCUUUUAAUCAACCAAAUAUCGCAUUUGUUUUUGGUACAAGUAAGCUCUAUGCACAAAAGGAUUAUCUUAUAGACGUCUCGCCUGUGUUUAAAGCAAUGUUUAGUCCUACAUUUCUGGAAGGAUCUUUAGAAGAUAUACCUCUACCUGGUAAAAAAAUUAGUCAUUUUGUUCAUUUCCUGCGUUAUCUGUCUCCGGGAUUCGAAGAUGAACUUACAGAAGACACUGUUCAUCAUAUGUUGCAUUUAGCUGAUGAAUAUCAAACUGAUGAUUUAAAGAAAAAGAUUGAAAAGUUCCUUACCAAGGGCGUUUUGUCUGAGUCAGAUUCCAUCACAUCAGAACAAAUUAUCUCAGAUAUUCAUGAAGCGGAAAGGUACAAGUUAAACGACUACCUGACUGCAUGCAUUGAUGUAGCAUCUCGGAAAAAAUUUCAAAGCUUGAAAAGAAAUUCGAAAUUUGAAGAGAUAUCUCAAAAUACACACCUUAAAAUUGCCUUUAAACGGAUGGACAAUAUCGAUAAGAUUUACAAUAAUGCAGUACAAAGUGACCUUGGACUCACAAGACUAAAAACAAAUCAAUUUCAUAUGAGAGAUCUUGGCACUAACUUAAAACCAUACAUGAAAGAUAACUAA